AUGAUUUCUGGACGAGGUGGUGCGGGAGCGCGGGCUGGCCGCAUCCGCCCGCCUCGUCGCAUUGUUCGUCCGAAUGCCGCGGGGGAAGGAUCCGAUUUUGAAGACUGUUGGAACAUGCUCAAAGAAGCUUUGCGAGACAUCCACAACAAGAGCUGCGGUCGACUCUCAUUCGAGGAACUGUAUCGAGCUGCCUACAAGAUUGUCCUGAAAAAGAAGGGCGAUGUUCUCUACGAGCGAGUCAAGCAGUUUGAGGAGCAGUGGUUCGCAGAGCAUGUUAUUCCAAAGAUUGAGGUGUUGGUGACGAAGAGUUUGAUCAAUAUUGGCGUUGACAAGAACUUGGUGAGCUCUGUAAACGAACGCCGCCAAACUGGCGAGAAGUUUCUCAAGGGACUGCGGGAUACGUGGGAAGAUCACAACAUGUCUAUGAACAUGACGGCCGAUAUCCUCAUGUACUUGGAUCGAGGGUACACGCAGCAGGAGCCAAAUCGAGUGCCAAUUUUUGCAACGACAAUAGCGCUGUUCCGAGACCAUAUCCUGCGAUCUUGUCUCAACACGAAUUCGACCAACUUUGUCAUCGAUAUUCUCAUUUCAGUCAUGAUGGAUCAGAUCGACAUGGAGCGAGAAGGUGAUGUUAUCGACAGAAAUCUGAUACGCAGUUGCAGUCGUAUGCUGAGUUGUCUUUAUGAGACUGAGGAUGAAAACGAAAGCAACAAGCUUUAUCUCACGGUAUUUGAGCCUCGAUUUCUGAGCAACAGCGAGUCAUAUUAUGCCGCAGAGUGUCAGCGGCUACUGCGAGAAUCCGACGCCAGCACUUGGCUGCGGCACACCCAGAGACGCCUGCAUGAGGAGGUGGACAGGUGCGGCACAACGAUAGAGUUGGAAACCUUACCAAAGGUGUCGGAUGUGAUUGAGCAACAGCUCAUUGUCAAGCACUUGGCCGAAUUCCUUGCCAUGGAAGGCAGUGGGCUCAAGUGGAUGAUUGAUAAUGACAAGAUUGAGGACUUGUCGAUCCUAUACAAGUUAAUUUCCAGGGUAGACGACAAAAAGACGUCACUCCGUGACAUUUUACAAAAACGAGUCGUUGAACUUGGCCUCGAGAUCGAAACUGUCCUAAGAAACACCGAUUUUUCAAUAGCCCAGCCUGAAGGAGAAGAGCCUGCUGAGGGGGAAAAGGCCAAGGUGCUCAACCCAGCGGCGCAGCAAACGGCGGCGGCUAUCAAAUGGGUGGACGAUGUUCUGCGUCUUAAGGACAAAUUUGACAACUUGUUGACACAGUGUUUCCAGGAGGAUCUGGUUAUCCAAACGUCUCUGACAAAGAGCUUCUCCGAUUUCAUCAAUAUGUUUGCCCGAAGCUCCGAAUAUGUCUCAUUAUUCAUCGAUGACAACCUGAAGAGGGGCAUCAGAGGCAAGACGGAGGCUGAAGUGGAUGUCGUACUGGAAAAGGCUAUUGUCCUCAUUCGAUACUUGCUUGAUAGAGACUUGUUUCAGACGUACUAUCAAAGGCACUUGGCUCGCAGAUUGCUUCACGGCAAAUCUGAAAGCCAUGACGUGGAGAAACAAAUCAUUUCUCGCAUGAAACAAGAGCUGGGACAGCAGUUCACCAGCAAAUUCGAGGGCAUGUUCCGCGAUCUCGUAACGUCGUCAGAACUCACAACAACAUACCGCGAUCAUAUUCGCAACGUUAGUGGUGGAGAAAAGGUCAUCGAUUUGAAUGUCAGCGUUCUCACAACCAACUAUUGGCCACAGGAAGUCAUGGGCCGCCCAGUCUCUAUUGGCGAAGGAUCUCGCAUCACCUGCAACUACCCUCACGAUGUUCAGAGAAUGCUGGCCAGCUUUGAGCAAUUCUACCUUAGCAACAGAAAUGGGAGGAAGCUCACAUGGGUGGGCACCACUGGAAGUGCGGAUGUCAAGUGCACGUUUCCAGCAAUUCCAGGCAAAUCUGGACCCCUGGCCAAAGAGAGGAGAUACGAGAUUAAUGUGCCGACGUUUGCCAUGGUCGUGUUGAUGCUCUUUAAUGAUCUAGGAGAUGGCGAGAGUCUUUCCUUUGAAGAGAUCCAGGCCAAAACCAACAUCGCGACGCAAGAUCUGAUGAGGACACUGACAGCCAUAGCCGUUGCACCAAAAUCUCGUGUCCUACUGAAAGAUCCUCUCACCAAGUCGGUCAAGUCUGGCGACAGGUUCGCGUUCAACUCCAGCUUCCAAAGCAAGACUGUGCGCAUUAAGGCGCCGAUUAUCAAUGCGGUGUCCAAGGUAGAGGAUACACAGGAGAGAAAGACUACGGAAGAAAAGAACAACCAGACGAGAAGUCACAUUGUGGAUGCCGCCAUUGUGAGAAUAAUGAAGUCUCGAAAGGAGCUCAGCCACUCUCAACUGGUCAGCGAAGUUUUGUCCCAGCUUGUUGGUCGAUUCAAACCCGAGGUUUCUCUCAUCAAGAAGCGGAUUGAGGAUUUGAUUGUGCGAGAGUACCUGGAGCGACCGGACGAGGAAGACGCGCCAUCGAUGUACCGCUACGUGGCGUAA